AUGCCGCUUGGGGACUUACAGGAGCCAAACGGCAUCGAUUCAAAGCCUCCAUCGUACGAUGCAACCAUGUCUCAGAACCCCGAUGCUAAUCCGACCGCUCCACUGGACGCUACCAAACUCCCUAUUCCGAAUGGGAAUCCGGGGUUCGUGAACCCCUUCCCACCGGCCUCGGAGGAGCCCGAGUCGCAUUCCGAAUCCGAGGAUCAGGAUUUCGAUGAACUGCAGAGACGGUUCAAUCAGUUGACCAAACGGGAUUAG